AUGGCUUAAACAAUAUUAUCUCGUGUUUUCCGUAAAUUCGAUAUUUUUGGUAGUGAAGUAGGCUUAAAUUUCUAAAAAAGUACUAUUUUUCAGACUUAAUUUGGCGCAUUAAUAAGUUUGAUAUUCACAUCGUUAAUGCUUUUAUUUUUCUGGAACAAUUUUCUCCAAUUUUUCAACAAAGACACCGUAAACGUAAAAAUCGAUUAAUCUUUUGACCAUAACCCGUCAAAAAUAAAUUUAAACUAGAAAAAUUUUAUGUUUGCUGUUCGAGUAAUAUAGGAUGAUUUUAUAAAUAACCCUUAUUUUAACAUAAGUUUUUAUUCUAGAAACCGAAUAUUUUCCGAAAAACAUUAAAAUAGCGAAUAAAUCAUCGAAAUGUUAUUAGAACCUUGUACAUUAGCCCAUUGGGUUGACUUACAGGCCUAUAAUAUAGACUGGAAGUAAGUUUUUGAUGAAAAAGGCCUCGACUAAUACCUUUGUCCACCUUUAAAUGAAUAAUAUUAUGUCUAAGGGGCUUGGGGAUUAGAAAGUUAUGAUUAAUUGAUGUUAAAAAUAAAAAAGUGUACUACUAUAUAGUUUAAAAGUGAGAAGUGGAGACCUAAAUGUAGAAAAAAGGAAGAAUUAGAAAAGAUUUUUAUAGAAGACUAAAAUAAAUACUUUGAAGUUGAGAUUUUUGUACCUAAUUAUGCUGUAAAUCCUAAUUUAUCAAAAAAUUAUAUAACUAGUUAUUUAAAUACUGCAGAUUUAUUUUUUUAUAUAUAACCGGGUAAGUUUUUAAAGAAAGUGGAACUCUUUCUUUCGGAAUUCAAUAUUUUUACUGAUGAAAGUCUAAUGCCUUAUGAGGAUAUUAAUAAUUAAAAUUUCCCAUAUAUACAAUUAAGUGGGUUUAGAGAGAGCAAUUUAUUAGGGAAUUAUGAUGAAUAUUUAGAUAUUUAAAUUAAUAGAAGUUAUUAUACGAACAAUAUUUAUAGGAAAUUUCAAAAAAUAGAUGAGAUUAUAGCUUAUGUAGGUGGUUUUGCUUAGGCUUUUUUAAUUUUUUCGGCUUUUUUGGUUAGUUAUUAUAAUGAGUAUAUUUAUAUGAUUGAAUUGGCUAAUAAAUUAUAUGAUUUUGAUUUAGAUGAAGGAAAUAAUGUUAAAAAAUAAAAUAAGAAUUUUUUUAAUAUAAAAGAAAAAUAAUAAUAAUAAUAUAUUUAAAGUAUUAAUUCUAUAGUAAAUGAAAAAAAUAAAAAUGUCGAAAAUAUAAAUAAAAAUAUAAAUAAUUAAUAAGAAAAAGAAGUUAAAAUACUUACUUUAAAAUAAAAAAAAAUAUAAUUUUAGAUAGAAAAAAAAUACAAAAAAAAAUAAUACAAAAAAUAAGUUAAUAUAUUAAUAAGAAUAGAACACUUAAAAUACAAAAAAUAAUAUUAAUAUUAAUAACAUUAGAAUAAUUAAAAUGAUAAAAAAGACAGGAAAAAAUUUUUAGCCAAAGAAUUCGAACAUAUAAUAUAAAGAAAUAAGUCUUUAUAAAUUAAUAUUUUUUAUUUUAUAAAUUAAAUCACUUGUGGUAAGUUUUGUAGAACUAAAACUGUUUUGUUGAUAGAAAAAGCCUAAGAAUAGAUAAAAAAAGAUUUAGAUAUUUUUAAUAUUCUCAAUAAAAUUAAAGAAAUAGAAAAAUUUAAAUAAAUAUUCUUGACAUAAUCUUAAAUGAUUUUAUUUAAUUUUUUCCCUAAAACAGUCAUAUAAGUAAAAGAAAAUGAUACCAAAGAGCUUUCUAGAGUAUUUAUAAGUGAAGAUAGAUUUAAAGAAUUAGCUAAAAAAAACACUACUUAAUAGUAAAAAAUGAGAGUUUAUUUAAGAUUAUAUGAAGCUUAUGAAGAAAUAUGUUAAGAAAAGGAAAAAAAUGAAAUUAAUAAUAAACUAAUUGACAUGUUAGGCUUUGAAAUGAGAAAUAUUUUUGAAAAAUCAAAAUUUAUAAACUUUAAAAGAAAUCCGAUACUUGCAUUAAAAAUGAAUUAAUAAUAAUCUCCUAAAAAAAAGAAUAAUAUCUAAAUUAUUAAUUGA